AGUGAACACGAACAUUCGAACAGUGCAUGGGCGCCCGAGAAAUACUUUGCCCACAGCCAGAACAGCUUCACAAGACAACGCACGAAGCAUCUUCAACUUCGGCCAUUGUGGCGUCUACAAGCUGGGCUUCGCUCUCCGGUGGCCAUGUCCAAAAUAACCCAGUUAGCGGAGGCCUUGCUCAGUCCCUCCCCUCUUGGAUUUCUUUUCGCCCUUAUCGUCGUUAUAUCUGUCCCUAUACUUUUACAUGCCUUCCUAAGCCGCGGCAGUAGCGUGGCUGCUCCGCCGUCAAUCUUACUGAUUGGACCGAGCGGGUCUGGCAAGACAUCACUUCAGACUCUUUUCGAGCGAGGCAAGAGCGCCCCUACUCAUACGUCGCAAACUCCACUUGUGGCAGAGUGCGCUCUUCCUGUCGGGAUUACUGCUGCCUCAGCAAAGUACCGUUCUGCCAACGAUCCCUCACACCGAGUACGUGAGAAGUUUCUACUCAUCGACACACCAGGGCACGGGAAGCUUCACCAUUAUGCCUUCAGUGCCGUAGCCAAUACGCAGAACUUGAAAGGCAUUAUUUUCGUUGUCGAUGCUGCCAAUCUUCCAGCGGGCGAUGAAGGCCUCAGACAAGCCGCCGAAUAUCUUCACGACACGUUAUUACUGUUGCAAAAGCGCUUGACAAACAUCAAGUCUUCCAAGGCCCUCAAGGGAAUAGAGGUCUUGAUUGCCGCAAAUAAGAUGGAUCUAUUUACUGCGCAACCUUCUGCGAUUGUUAGGAGCCUAUUAGAGAAGGAGAUCGGAAAAGUGAGAACCUCGAAAUCUAAAGGUCUUCUGGAAUCUUGUAUCGAAACGGCAGGCGACCUAGAUGAUGUGGACAGUGACGACUGGCUGGGCGAGUCUGGGAGCUCCCAAUUUAAAUUUGAGCAACUAGAUGAGUUCAACAUUACUACCGAGGUUGCCGGUGGCUGUGCUAUGGGAGAGAAUGAAGCAGACGUCCAGAAAUGGUGGGAGUGGGUGGGAGAUCGUCUGUGAGCACAUGUACGAGCACGAGCAAGGAAUCUCCGCCACAUCAUGUAUUUUUGAGGGUGUCCGCCAAUUGGAUGAUUCGGUGGGGUUGGGACCGAGGCGGAUAAGUUAGAUCCAACUACAAUGCCCACUCACUUCGGCCGCAGGGUCGAGAUGAAUGGCCAUCUCCCCUGAGAGAGAGAUAUCAGAGGGUGCCGCACGAUGUCAUGGCAGCCAAAUAAGGUUAUGGGGCACGAAUAUAUCGUGGAUUAAAUCGAUAAUGCUGCAAUGAACGAUACCAUACAUACCUGGGAAUAUUUAUAAUAUAAUUACAUUUAAUAGGUG